UUCAAAUCGAAUUAUUCGUCCGCAUUUAUUCGCGGAAAGACUUAAGUCAGUGUCGAGAAUGGCUGAGAAUGAAAACGAUCGCAUUCAGAUGGAUUUUUUGGAAGUUUGCAGUUUUGGUGAUUUGCAACAAGCAAAAGCAAUGCUGAAGAAUGGGAAAAUCGAUAUAAGUUUUCGGCAUCAUGGUAACGGAUGGACUGCUCUUCAUUGGGCAGCCCGGCGUAAUCAUCAGGAGAUUGUUGAACUUCUUUUGCUAGCCGGUUUCGAUCCAAAAUCGCCUGCAAAAGAUGGGAAAACACCUUUGGAUUUAGUAACCAGCGAUGCUGUGAAAGAAAUUCUUAAGCAAUCUGUAAAUAUUAAAGCAAGUCAAGAAGAUGCCCACUCAACUGCAGUCAUUCAUGAAAUCAACUCUAAUGGAAAGCUUGAUUCCUUACUUCGUUUUCUUCUUGUUCGAACAAGCAUUGAGGAUGGAAAAGAAUGCUUCAAACGUGUUGCCCUUCCUGGAUGUAGCUCCAUUGAUAUUCUGAAGUUGAUAAUUGAAAGAGCCAUGAAAAAAGGCAAAGUUUUGGAAGUGAUCACAUUACCAGAUAAAGUGAAAAUAAAGACGGAGGAACAGAUUAGGAAUUUGACAAGUCAUCAGAAAGUAGAAGUUAUCUUCAGCUCAGUUGAGAUGAAUAAGGAAACGAGUUGCUCACUGAAAUUAUCAACGAAUAAAGACAAAAAUAAGCAGUUAAAGCAUGCACCUAAAUUUCCCAAUGUAAUUAGUAAAUUUUCAAAUGAAUCGGCAUCUUAUGGGAGAUCCGUUGAUGAUAUCACAUCACUUACCUGCGCUAGUAGCUCUACUAGUGUUGGUGAAUCUUCCAACAAAAUGAAGAGCUCGGAUUCGAUUCCUAAAGAGCAGAUGAUAGAUGCGAAAAUCUCUGAAGUAGCAGUGACAUCAGAAUGCUUGUUAAUUGCUCACUCAUCCAGUUCCAUUGCUGAUAUUACAGUUCCAUCUAAAAUUUUAGCAAAAGAUAUGAUUAAGCUGCAAGUGGUUAACUCACAUCAGAAUAAUGAUGAAAUCAAUUCGGAUAAAUCUGUACAGAUACCAGAAUCGGAAACAAAGGAAGAUUAUAGGUUAGCAGAAUCCGAAAACGAAGGAACAAAGUCUGCAAUCAUGUCUCUUUCACCAGAGGUUAAUGUAAAUGGCAGCAUUAUUUGCUAUAUUACGGAGUCCAGUUGUUUUACUGGUGUUCGGGAAGAAUGGGAUGGAAUUAUCGUCAAAGACGUUUCAUACAAGCGGACGCUUCAGAUAGCCUUGAUUGUCGGUUGUGUCGUUGGUUUUGGUGGUUUAACUUAUAUGCUUUGCAAGAAGUGAAAAAAUUGAGUAGUUAUAAAUCUUAAUAACAUUACCGGAUAAAAACUUUU